AUGAUAAACACGGCGUCAUCUCCAACCCCUCCAGUGACUCCCGUGAUGGCUGCCGUGGAUAACUACUACGACAUAUGUAUGAACUCCAAGUCGAGAAUCGCCAAACUGCUUGCCAAUCCCCUGGUGCCCAAGCGCGCCCCUUCAGUCACAAAUAGCCGUCCGCUGGAUUACUAUGUGAAAAAAUUGAGCAACUGCCUGCUAUCGGACGAGCUGGUCCAGAGCCUGAGUGGUGGUACACGGUUUCUGCUUACUCUGAACGAUUUACUGAGCGGUGACGACCAUGAUGAUGAUAGUGUUGAUGAGGUGGCGCAGGCGCCACCGGUAAAGAUGCCGCCUCUUCCCAACCCAUCCCCCGCUCCAAUCCUGCUCCAACACACUCCACUGUUAAAACGCUAUACCCUGAUGCCCCAGCUACGCCGAUCUCAAGCAUCUCAAGCAGCUUUCAAUGUGAAUCCGUCACUCACGUCCUUACCUGGAUUGACUCGUACCAAAACUCGCUAUAUUCUGAAUCGCGAAACGAAAGAACGCAGAGUGUACCGCAAAAAGAAGUACGACGAAAGUGACUGUGACGAUGUCAUCUUGGACGACAAUCAGUUAUUCAAUGUCCCUGUAUUGCGCAGUUAUGGCGAUUUGUAUAAACAUACCCACGACUUCUGUGACAAUUUGGAUGGCGACAACAAGUACCCCGUGCCUAUCAAACCCUGUCCUCUUCCCGGUCGUCUCGAAACUGACACGACAGAGGUGUCACCAAACCUGCUGAUGGUACUGGGAUUGCUGUACCCCGGGCAAGGCACCCCUCUUACCAACAUUUCUGAAGAUGGCACUGAUAUUCUGAUCGAUGACGACGUCACUAUUGUUCGGAACAUAUCUCAGUUUUACUCAGAGCGCCUGGCGUCGCUGCUGAAGCUUGUCAAACUGCAGCGUGACCAACACACGAUGUACAAGCUUCCUCAGUAUGUCCGGCUGCAGUCACUGAUGGAUGAGUUGCACUUUAUUUCGCCGGAAAAAUUGGAGAUGUUAGAUCAACUGCGGCCAAUUAACCUUCCUCCAAAACUGAACACGGACAAGUCGAAGCACCUGCGCCAAUUCAAUAAAGUUCUCACCAACUUUGAAAGUCAAAAUACACUGACGGCACAAUCAGCCCAUGAAGUUCGCAUCAAUUUGCUGCAAAGUCAACAAAAAUGGCUUCGCAUCAUUGCUGGUCUUAGGAGCGGCUCAUCUCUGGAUUAUCACCGCAAGUUUGACCAACAAAAGAAUGAGAUUCGUAAGUUGGCUUGGGAUGCCAAUCCUCCUGUUGCAGUUCGUUACCAGUUCUGGAUUGAUACCAUGCUGGUAUCAUCCAAGGUGGUAGAAGGAAUCGCUCAUCAAUAUAAUGCUGCCCAAGCAAAGUACUUGUGCUUGGACGCUGGUGCCAAAGCGCAAAAGGACGCCGAGUUUGAUAGAAUCAUCACCCAUACCCUCGACCGUCCCUUAUUCACGCUGAUUAUGAAGGAAAAACCCGAGUUCAGAGACUUUAGGGCCAACUAUCGCUUCUUAUUGUACAUUAAGUACUUUAGUGAGCAUGGUUUACACAAGCGAGAUGAGAUUUUCAUGAUUCCUAUUCUAUUACUCAUGUUUGAGCACGAUCAUUCGAUGGAAGAGAUUUUCACGUUACUUGAAUUGUUCAACACUCAGGUUUUCACUCUGGAGUUAUCACUGUUUUUGAAUCGCGAUUUCAGCAACUGGGGUGAUGCAUCAACAUUGCCGCAUUCUUACACAAAGGGAUUGGCUAAGUUUGGGGAUAUGCUGGAGUUCGAGGGGUUGAACUCCGCUAGCUUUUUCGAGAUUUUGUGUCAGAUAAACGAUUCGUUGCCAUUACUGAUGCUGGCUCCAUCGACACCCAUAGUGGGAACUCACUUCAACUGGUCUCUGCUGCUGGUGGAUCACCCCAAUCCGGAAUCUGAAGACUGCGACUCGGCUUCUUUGCAAUUGAUGGUAAAGUUGUUGACAACCUUAAUUAUCUAUGCUCAUCUGCCAAAGCUGAAAACUAAAAACAACUUGAAGGUUAUGCAAACGUUUUUGGUGAUUGUGUUCACCUACUAUCACAUCAACUGGAAUAAUUUCAAGGAGCUUAUUUCGGAGAAUGCAUCCAUCCGUUUGAACAAUACUCUGGAUAAAGUCCAAGUGAUGGAGCUGUUUGCCGAUAAGUGGCGUCAACUUUUCAGAAAGUAG